UGCCAGACUGGGGAGAGAGGUCAUUCACAUGGAUUAUGGAAUGAAGGAGAAAAACCCCAUCAACAAUGUCCACUUUUACUGCAAGAAUGAUCCCACCAAAGCCAUCAAGAUCCGCAAAAAACAGGUGUCCAAACUGCUGCCGGAGCACUUCGCCGAGCAGCUGAUCAGGGUUUACUGUAAGAAGACCGAUGACAAGAGCCUAGAAGCUGCUAAGAAGUACUUUGUCCAGUGGUGCAUGGACAGGAACUUCACCAAACCUCAGGAUGGAGAUAUAAUUGCUCCAGAGCUCACCCCACUCAAACGUGACUGGCACAUGCUGGAGCGAGAUGACGAGGACAGUGAGCGAGAUGACAACGCUGAAGACAAUCAUCUCGGAAUGAGAGAGGAAACGCCCAGGAAGACUGGACGUAAUGUGAAAGUCAGCCUCUUUCAAGCUCAGGGAGAAAGCAGACUCUGAAGCACUGGCCCUGGGCUUCUCUCAUUGAGAAGAUUUGGAUGCUCAUUCUAUCUCAAGAGUGUUUUUGAGCUUCAUUUAAACUAUUUUGUCUCUGUUUGGUUUUAUUUUCAGCUUUAAUAUCAUGUUCAUUCCCAGGGUUUUAAUGCUACUCGCACCUCUGACACUUUAUUAUACAUCAAUCCAGAAUGAAUGUCUCUCUCCACCAUCCAUUAUGUUUCGAUGCAGAGGGAAGUGUUAAAUGCUUUUUGGCAUUCUUUUGUUAAUUUUUUAUUUAUUUAAAACUUUUUAUCAGGGACUCGCUGUUACUUUUUUCCUUCUGUUAAUCGGCCCUCUACUCACUCGCAGUGAGUGAAAACUCAUGUUAUGAUGGGUCUCAAAUGUGACGUAUAUCUAUAUUUGAGCAAGCUAUGUUUUUUAGACUUCAGGCGUUUUGUAUUACAGUAAUGGGUGAUGGUGGUAUGAUUUUCUUGGAUCUUGUUUCAGAAGUUCUCAUCUUGUCAUCGGUACAGGCUUUUGCUGUGAACAGAUAUGCUUGCUUACUGAUUUCAGUCUGUACGAAAAUAUUAAAAUUGUCACAGCACAAUCACAUCAAGUGUCAUGCUUAAAGAUGUAGUGCAGAAUCAAUGCAAACUCUAUCAACAUCUCAAAAUUCAGAGCAUGCAAAUAAAAAUCCAGUCAGGCCAUUCUUUGUUUUAUGGGGCCUGAUGGUGGACAUGAAGUACA